AUGCCCUCUCCUACGCUCUUGAGUCUACCAACUGAGCUUGUCACCCGCAUCAUCGACCUUGCUGACCCAUCCACUCAUUUAAACUUGGCCUGCGUAUGCAGUCAUCUUUUCAAAUGCGCGAAGAGGAUUCUUACCCAUCAUCGAGAAGCCCAUCGGAAAUUCUCUGUUAUCUCAGACCUUGACCCCUCAAGCAUCCCUACCCUUCUUCGUAGCGCCUCUGGUAUCGCCAGCCCUAUUGACGCCUGGCAUGUCAAACAUAUUGAGCUCUGGGGCUCGAGGUGGGACUGGGCUGAAUGGAGACCUUGGUCUUUACGCGAAACAGCUGAGCAGGCUGGAGUCCCAAGGCAAAUGCGACGGCAUGUGUUUUCUAAAGUACCAUGCUUGGAGUGGGUGAUUCCUCGAUGGGAGCUGGCUCACUACUUGAAGAUUAUGCAGGAGGAAUUAGGCUUGCCAGAGGACCUGGUGGACUGUGCACGCGUCGAAUUUGAGCGAGGAUGCGAUAGCGUCAUGCAGAUGCUGCUUAUUGUUUUAUGCCCUCGGCUAGAAAGCCUAAAGCUUCUGUACAACCGACACGACAAGGUCGAAAGCCGCCGGUGUCUUCACUGGCUCACGUUUGUUAUGGGCAAGAGCUGGAUUGAUAGCGCGUGGCCUCCAGGCCUUCAAAGCCUCCGAGAUGUUGCUGUAGGCCUAACAUCAAAGACUUGUCUUGAUGACGACGUUGUAUAUGUUUGGUACUCUCGCAGCUCUUUCAGAGGUCUGAUGAAACUUCCAAACCUCAGAUCCUUGUAUUUUCGAGGGCUGCGGGCACAAGAUCACCCCGAGAUUGACGGAGAGGGCGAUUUUUCUGCGAACAGGCAUCUUCGAAACGAUGGAGCACUCGAAUCUUCAACCACGAUCAGUUUUCGAGAUGCAGCUGAUGAACUGCCGGCUCGGUGCUCCACGGUCGAGAAUCUCUAUCUCAAAGACACUGGCGACUACGACAAUACUUCGGAGCUAGCCGCAGCGCCGAAAGCUCUUAAGUCAUACACUAUUCAUGGUGGCAGCGUCUGUUUUGGCCAAAUCAGUGACUUUGACAUACAAUUAGAGUUUAUGGUCCAAGAACAACACGAGUCACUCGAAAGUAUCAUGAUUUACGAUGCUUCCGAACUUCAAGGAUAUCGUUGCACACUUUAUCGGCUUGGCGAUGAGAUUCCAGUGCACGAGUGCAUAAAGCUGCGCCAAAUUCACGUCGAGAUAAAUGAUCUCCUGACAUUUGCUUACUACGACUUCCCUCGGGGUGACCAGCAGGGGGAAUUUCGGGAGUUGGCAGAAGUCUGGAAAGAUGUCAGUAAGCACCAAGAAUGCGCUGAGUUGAUAGCAGGUUUGUUCCCUCCUUCCCUCGAGGUUCUUGUGUUGGGAAAUUCCGAGGAGAUUACCUCAUUGGAAAUGGAGGAGGAUGUUUUAAUACGCAUAAUACUCUCGAACAAGCUUCCAUCGCUGAAGGCCAUCUUUCUUGAGGUUCCAGAUGAUGAGAACAACAUCCUUCCGCUUACGAAAUUAUAUGAGGUUGGCUGGCAAAACGGCGUCGAUAUCCGUGUCAAGACGAAUCCGCAGGCACCUCGCCAUCAGGUUCAGUUGCCCAUGGCACCUCAGGCUCUCAGCUAUCAAUCACCCCAGGAUGCUCAAGAGUCCGAGUUCGAUCCGUUCAGGGGCUGUUGGAUAGAGGCCCCACGGGAUACACAGGUUGAUGAACAGACUGGUGGAGGUCCCGUCAACGAUGCGUUCGAAGCUUUGAACGAGGAUGUUGAAACGGAUGAUGACUAUCCGGACUUGCAUCGCCAGUACUAUGGUUAG